AUGCAAAAGACUCUCCCUCCAAAAUUUAAAGAUCCGGGGAGUUUCACCAUUCCAUGCACCAUUGGAAACCAUGAUAUAGGGAAAGCUCUUAUUGAUUUAGGGGCUAGCAUCAACCUUAUGCCCCUGUCUAUACUUAAAAAGAUUGGUGGUCUUGAAGCCAAGCCAACAAGAAUGAUGCUGCAGUUGGCAGAUAGGUCCAUCAAAUAUCCCUAUGGUGUGGUAGAAGAUGUGGUGGUAAAAGUUGAUAAGCUUCAAUUCCCGGUGGACUUUGUUGUGAUGGAAAUGGAGGAAGAUGUUGAGAUACCACUCAUCCUUGGAAGACCUUUCAUGAAGUCAGCUAAGAUGGAAAACAAUGUGCUCGAUGGGUUCAUACACUUGAUAAAUUCAGCUAUAUGA